AAGGGUGUCAAGCAAAGGAAAAAACGGCUUUGUUGAAGAAAAAGAAUGCAUUCGGUGAAGGAAAAGAUCAGCGACAUGGCCAGCACGGCCAAGGAGAAGCUCAGCAUCUGUGGCGCAAAGGCUCAAGGUCAUGCGGAGAAGAAGAUGGCGAGGACUUCACAUGAGAAGAAGAUCGCUAAGGAGCGAGAGAAGUCUAAGGUGGCGCAGGCCAAGGCCGAGCUUCACCAAUCCAAGGCUGACCAUGCGGCGGACACCCAGGUUCACGGCCACCAUCUUCCCGGACACUCCACCUACCCUACCCGAGCUUACCCGCCGGGCAAGAUCUAAAGCUAGCGCGGUUUAGCGCUUACCUAUAGAAUUUGUAUGGUUUGUGUCUUUAUAAUAUAAACAACUUAGAAUUUUCUCGGUUAUUUUUGUUCUAAGUAUUAAGAUUGCUUUUGAUAUUGUAUUUUAUGCAUACAUCAUAUAAUGUAAUUCUCUCGGAAAUAAACUUGAAAUAG